AUGUCAGUGGAGGGUCUUCCCCCUUGUCUUAAGUCCCUACAUGCAGACAACUGUGUUUCGCUUGAGAGAGUCCAAUUGACAAGUGCUAUCAAAGAUCCAAUCAGAGAACUCAUGUUCAGUAACUGUUUGCGACUCGAUGAGAAAGCAACAAAAGUAAUCAUAAGCCAUAGGUUUGCCAAAUAUGUAUGCUUAUCCGGUAGACAAGUCCCCGCGGAGUUCACUCACAAAGCUACGUUAAACUCCAUAACCAUCCCUCUUGGGAAUUCCUCUAGUGCUGCUUCCUCAAGAUUCAAGGCUUGCCUCCUGCUAUCGCCAGUCAAGAACAACGCGCUUCUUCAUGUAAUUUGUUAUCUAAGAAGCGAAAAAGGAGUCCUCAUCAACCACAUGAACUAUUUGUCGUUGACUUCAGAUGAGCCUCCUCAAGUUGGAAUGGAGCAUCUCUUUAUACUCCGUGGUGACUUGUUACAUGAACAAAUCAGAAACCUUGAAGUGGAUUUGAAUGCAAGAAAGAUCCUGUUUGAAUUCACAUGUUCGGAUAACCACAAGAUUAUCGAGUGUGGUGUACGGAUCUUGAAGGAGGAAGGUGAGAAACGUGAUGAAAUCACUGAAUGUUGGCUUCAAGACGAUCAAAUUAAUAUCGGAGACAACACAAACGACCAUACAGAAGACCACAAUGAUGAUGAACCUGAAGCUGUAGGCAACAUCAGUAACCAAACAGACAAAGCUGAAGCUGUGGAGGUUGAGAAUGUGGAAAGCACUAAACACACAGGCUUUUGUUACAGUGUCCUUAGGAAGCUUGGUCUAGGGAAGAAGAAGACAAAAUCUCCACUCUGA